GAUUUUGAUACCUAAUAAAUGUGUAUGAUAAUAAUAUGUUAAAGUUAUAUUUUUAAGUGCAAUUUCAUGGCCAUUAUUUUCAAUCAAAAUUAUUAACAAAAGUGUAUACCAUUUAUAAAGUUAGUCAAUAUUUUUGUAAAAAGAAAAAAUAAUGUGAAAACUUUAGAAAUUAUUAUGUUUAGUAUGUAAGCGGUGCUAUGUGUAAACUUUUUGGUGCCAUUUAAAUAUUUUAGUCAGCACUGUGUUUUUACCUGAUUUUAGUUUAAUUGUUUUGUUACAAAUAAUAGUAGGUACUGUUCUUGCAGCACACAUUAGUAGGCUCAAUUUUCUAUAUAAAUAUAAUAUGUAUAAAACGUAACAAUGAUGACCACAGGGCAGACAUAUUUUCAUUGAAAUUAUAUUCGAGAGCUUACAUAUUUUAUAUUUUUGACCAUUGUAACAUAAUACAGGGUUCGUUUAUGAAAAGUUUACAAACAAAAUUAAAAUUAAUAAAAGGGUUUAAUCGAAUAUUUUUUUUUUCUAGUUUUUCAACACAUUAUUUUUCUCGUUGUUCUUAACACUUGUUGUAUAUUCAUAUUAUGUACUGAUUGUAAAUUUAACAUAUUAGGGCAUGUUUGUUAAGGUAUAUAAUAUAGUAUAUAUAUUAUAUAUACAUAUAUAAAUAUAAAUUACUCAUUUUGUUGUUAUAUAAUACUUUUUUUCAUUUUUUAAAUAUAAAUCAAACAGUGCACAAUGAUUUUUAUUUUUUAGUUUGACCAACAUUUGUGUACCCCAGCAUAUUUUAGUAUCGUUUGUUUGUUCUUUUAUUCUGCUAACAUUAACAUAAAGUACUUUAUAAAAAUGGCAAGGCCGAAAGUGCAAUAAAAUAAUUUAUACUGUGUACAAAUUUUUAAGUUAAAUCAAAAAAAUCAAGUUUACAAGCCGUUUUUAUUAUUUUAUUUUAGAUUUUUUUUUUGUUUUUUCUUUUGUUUAUCAUUUGUAUAUUGAUUGCCAAAAAAUAUAGGUUAUAUUAUAUUAUGUGUCUUGACGUUUUUUUUUUCAUUUGGUUGUCAUUGGAUAGUGGCCAGCAGCAGCAAUGUGUGACUUUAAAUUUUGACGAUGUACUUUUUAAUCUCGUUAAGUGAAAAAGGUCUGAAAGUCAAAUAGAUAGCCGGUCACCACACCCAUAAUAUAAUCGAAAAUUACAUUUCCCCGUGAGCGUGUGUGUGUGUGUAUAGUCCGUCGAGCACAUUCCGCCCAGUUUGCUAAAAAUCAAAAGUAUUAAAAAGGCCAGCCGCCGAUUUCCCGUCCUUCGGUGGCCUAGUCACCGCCCGUCGCGUGACUUCACGCUCUUGUUUGGGUGGGUGCAAGGAGCUCGCUCGGUGUUAUUAUCGUUCAGCCCGUUCGGAUACUCGUUUGUACUCCACUGUACAAGGACGUCUGAUAGGGUCUCGUGUAGAUUUCCCACGAAUUAUUAGUAUUCCUGUUUUCGGGCCCGAGACUGGCUCCGCGUGCGUUUGGUCUGUGUCUUCUAGUCCGUUCCCGCAGCAGCUCGGGUCCAUUGCAACACGACGACGUGUAGCUCCACGGGCGGCGAAGUUAUGGGCAACAAGGCGAUGACUUUCACCGAAUCGCAGCUCGAAGACUACCAGGACUGCACUUUUUUCACCAGGAAGGAAAUACUUAGAGUAUAUAAAAGGUACAGAGCUAUUUGUCCUGAAGUGGUGCCCAAGAAGAUGACCGGAGACGAACCGGUAAAAAUCCGUGUGCCACAGGAACGAAUCGAACAGUUGCCAGAACUUAAGGAAAACCCAUUUAAAGAACGCAUAUGCCAGGUAUUCUCGAAAGAAGGUAAUGGAUCAUUGAGCUUCGAAGAUUUCUUAGACUUGCUGUCGGUGUUCAGUGAACAGGCUCCUAGGCAAAUCAAAGUGUACUACGCCUUUAAGAUUUACGAUUUCGACGACGACCAUCACAUUGGACCGGCCGACCUUGAACAAGUGCUGAAGCUGUUGACGCGUAGCCAAUUGUCGGCAGAGGAGAUCGUUCAGGUGUGCGAAAAAGUCAUCGAAGAAGCAGACGUAGACGGCGACGGAAAAUUGUCUUUCAUGGAAUUCGAACACGUUAUACUCAGAGCACCGGAUUUUUUGGGCACUUUUCACAUCAGAGUGUAGGCAAACACCAUACAUUAAUGAUAAUUAAAUACCACAUAGAACUCGAAAUGUUUAAGUUUAUUAUUUUUAAUUUUAUUAGUCUAAAAAUAGUAUGUACAAUAAGAAAACUAAGUCAUAAUCAAUUGAGCUUUAAGACAUUUAAUAUUAUAAUAUAUUGGUAAACUAUAAUAUAAUUACAAUUUGGGACAUGCGCUCAAGACUUAAUAAAUGUUUUAAAACGUUUAUAAUAUUUUUUAUGGUAGAUAAUUGAUACACUUAUUCAAGUGUACAACUAUAAUAUAGAUAACCUAAAUACCUUUUGACACAAUUUCUUGGCCCGUAGUAAAGUGUUGUACAAUGAAAGGGAACAAACGAAUAACAUAGAGGUAUGAUAAGUUCUCCUAAUAAAAAUGUUCUUCAUUUGCAAAUUACAUUAAAUACAAAUUCAGAGACUGGAUAUGAACACAAUUUAAGAAACACAAAUGUAAAAACUAAUCAAUGGGUAUUACAUAAUCGGAAAAAAAAA